AUGGCCGCCGUACAUGAUCCACAACAGCGCUCAACGCCCGGCCCCUCCCAGACGCAGACGGAGACGACGAAUUCCCAGAGCCGGACCGGCACGCAGGCGAUCUUGCGACUGAGGGGCGCGCAUGCGCCGUCGAGGCCUUCGGUGAGGUGGGCUGAGGACGUGGUUGACAACGAGGGUCUCGGCCGCAAGAGCUCGAAAGUGUGCUGCAUCUAUCACCGCCCGAAAGGUGUCGACGAAUCCAGCGACGAGUCUUCCUCCGACUCCUCUUCGGAUUCAGACUCCGACUCUGACGACGGCGGCAGGAGGAGGAUACCCUCAGCCGACCACAAGGGAAAAGGCAAGGGCAAGGACAAGAGCAAGAAGGAUCACGACUGCGACGAUCAUGAACACAGCCACGACGGUCACCGACACGGUAGAAAUGGAGGCCGCGACGGGAAGCCGAAGAGGAGGCCCAGUCCUAAUGCAUACGAGAGAGUGCCGAAGCCGCCCAAGCCCAAGGACGAGGGGGCCGACGCGAGCAAGGAGCCGAAGUCUAAGCCUUGA